CCUCCAACAAGAACAGCUCUGAUGACGACAUGAAGGUGUGAUGUCAACAUGGUCGAGACACAGUUUGGGCGUUCCUCUCGUGCUAUGGCUCCUGUUGAUAUCGCAGGUGAAGAAUGAGGGCAAGCUGGACAUUUGGUUCAUCAGAUAUUCGUCAGACGGAAGGGUACCCAGUGGGUAUUGCUGUGAAGCGUGGGUAGGAACACCAUGCAGCGAUGCAUGUGAUCCAAUGUUUACCCUGUGCGUUGAAGACCCUCGUGAAUCAAAACCAUGUUCUCUGUACAAGAGGACUACAGAAGGAAUGGACACUGGAAGCAAUGAUGUGGUUUUCGGCAACAGCAUUCAAGGGACACUAAAUCCUUUUAUUAUACAGAUACACAAAGCAGUGCCGUCCUCGAUCAAGAUACAGGUGACUGUGCAUGAUGAUGACUUGGCAAGCGACGAUGAUUACAUGGAUACUCUGGCAACAUCCAUCAACAUAUCUGUCAGUCCAAACAAAAUCAUGUCUCCAUACAUGCAAUAUUACCCGCAGGGCAGAACCAAGUUAGAAAUGAGUGUUCGUGCCUACUGUGAUCCUGACUGGUACGGUUCUGAUUGUCUGACAUACUGCAAGGCGUCCACCACUGACCAUUACAGCUGCCAGUUUUUGAGCGGGGCCAAAAUGUGCUCCCAAGGAUGGAAAGGAGAUAACUGUGAUCAGGACAUCAACGAAUGCACUGAAACAGCGGACUUGUGUCAACAUGAUGGCAGCUGUACAAACACACAUGGAAGCUUCCAGUGCCAGUGUGUGGAGGGAAUCACAGGGAGGAAUUGUGAACUUGUAACUAACCACUGUGCCCUGAAUAGAUGCCUGAACGGAGGGACCUGUGAUGGAAACGAAACAGACUUUAGCUGCACAUGCCCUUUCCGGUGGUCUGGGGAGACAUGCGCAGAGCGGAUAAACUGUGACAGCGCCCCAUGUGACUGGGGAAAGUGCAUUCCUAAACCCGAGACCCCAGCACGGUUCAAAUGUGACUGUGAUUUUCCAUGGACUGGGGAUACGUGUGAUAUGAAUGUUGAUAUUACCAACAUCACCGUCCUUGGGGUGAUUGAUGAUAACAAUAGAGGCAGUCUGACCACUGGCUUGAGGAAAAUCAUAAAUUAUCUGGGAGGAAUAGAGGAGCAAAUAAAUGUCGUGGUGUCAACACAUAUCAACAGUGAAAGCAUAAAUGUCACAACGCAGGUCCAGUUUUAUGUGACAUUGGAAACUGGUACUUUCCUAACGAGUGACUUUGUAAGAGAGAUCUUUUCAUCAAACAGUUAUUCCGACAUCAACCAACACCUCCCUACCCCCCUCUACACAGCGAGGGACACGGAUAAACAGGAGGCCGAUAUAAUUACUCAAGAAAAGAUAGCAGAGGGAAGUUGGUUCAAGAGUAACUGGUAUAAGGUGGUUGGACCUCUCUCUGCUGGACCUGUGCUGGUGGCACUGUGUGUGGCAUUCCUCAUUUAUAGAAGAAAGUCGCACGAAUCAGUACAAUUGCCUGAGGACAACCCGGGAAACAUCAUCGAAAUGGAUGUAGUAAACAGGACCGUGCAGGACAAGCACAGACGUACCACAGGCUGUGAGGAGGACGCAAGAGCAUCCACAGAGGGAUACACGCGUCUUGGAACCGCAGCCAGACUCAGCUCGCGUCAAGAGGUCACAUCCUACAUCCAACCCAUUCACGACACGCUUCCUGGCGAGAACCAUUAUUCUCAUUUGGCUACAACUACACCAGACAACAGCAGCUAUGCAACACUUGGUAGCAGCUGUCAGAAAGGAUCCGAUGACCACGUUGUCAUCAAUGACGUUAAUGUAGAUGGGGCAACGGAGGACCAUCCUUAUGAGGAUAUAUAUUUUUAAUAAUUGCAAUGGUUAAAUAGGUACUGAAGCAUAAACUAUCAUUUGUACUAUGUACUAUGUACUCAUUUCUCUUACUGCAAUACAAACUAUAGUAGUAGUAAAAUUGGUAGUGCAAUCGAUCGUAAUCCCGACACAAAUUCUCCUGGACGUGCAACGGGUUUUGUCGAUUAAAUGAAACCGUAGACAGUAGUUCAACUUGGUAUUUACCCGUGUCAGUGACACGAGGUUAGAAUCGCCCCUUUAACACAUUUACAUACAUGUAUAUGACGUGAUAUGUUUGGCCAGGAUAGUGAAAGUUUCAGAACUAAGACUGCUUACAUCGGUCACGUCUGUGUGACCACAGCAUUUUAGCAAACAAAUUGCAUAUGCAGUAAACUUUCGUUACCUGUGAUGUAUACCAGCAGAAAUGCUUUGACCCAAAAGACAUGUGCGCGUUUGCUGUUAAACGUCUCACCCAGCAGUAGUUAAGCUGUAUUGUAUGAGAGCAGUCAGAAAAUAAUCAACACAACCUGUUUCACUAUUUACAACGACGAAGAUGUACCUUGUUGGCUAUUAUCCGUUUUCCAUUGACAUUUGACUUAAUCGAAUACUCAACACUCAACACAUGCAUAACGUAACGUGGUAGUGGAAUAAACACAGAUCUGACAGCUGUAACUCACUCACUCACAAUUGGAUAUGUCAUUUUUUAUCCUCAUGUACAUAUGUUUGCUUUGUUCAAUCCAUUAUCAUAAUAUUUCCUACUUUUCCGUGUAGAAUUACUAGAAAAUGAAAGUAACAGACUCUACUCCUUUAGUAUUCAACAGAUAACUAAGUCAAGGUAAAUAUCAGACAACAUUUGUUUUUUUAAUUUGGUGUAUUGAAACAAAUACUUGAAUAUAUCUAUGUAUGAAUGAUUCAAGAAAGUUAAAACAUAUCAGUAGGAUGUUUUGUACAUAUACAGAUAUUAUGUGUGUGUUCAUAUAUUAAAAGCUGUUUUGCAUACAUGAAUCAUGUUUUCCCUAGUUAUUCGUGACCGGUGCUCAUGACGAAAACUGUGUCCUGUUUGAAACUAGGUUUUUGUACCAUAUUCAACAUAUCUUUCUGAUUUUGUGUUGAGUAUUUAUAAUAUGAAAAUCACGUAAUAUUUCAGAAAUAAAGGUUAU